AUGGCGUUCGUUCAACAUGCAAGCAGAUUAAUUGUGCCCCUCGGUAUUGCCGCCGCAGCGGUGAAUGCGAGUUUGUACGAUGUACCUGGAGGCUUCCGUGCUGUCAUGUUCGACCGUUUUUCUGGUGUCAAGGACAAGGCCACUGGAGAAGGAACCCACUUUUUGGUUCCCUGGCUUCAACGGGCCAUUCUAUACGACUGUCGAAUCAAGCCUCGGAACAUUUCCACUACGACCGGUUCCAAGGACUUGCAAAUGGUGUCUAUCACGCUCCGAGUUCUGUCGAGACCGGAUGUCCAGCACUUGCCCAAAAUUUACCAGAGCCUCGGCAUGGACUAUGACGAGAGGGUGCUUCCGUCCAUUGGAAAUGAAGUCUUGAAGGCUGUUGUCGCGCAGUUUGACGCUGCUGAGCUCAUCACGCAGCGUGAAGUGGUGUCCUCUCGUAUCCGCCAGCUGUUGCUGGAGCGGGCUGGAGAGUUCAACAUUAAGCUUGAGGAUGUCUCCAUUACUCACUUGACCUUCGGAAAGGAAUUCACCCAAGCUGUCGAAGCCAAGCAGAUCGCCCAACAGGAUGCUGAGCGGGCCAAGUUCAUCGUAGAAAAGGCUGAGCAAGAGCGUCAAGCCGCUGUUAUCCGAGCUGAAGGUGAAGCCGAGGCUGCACAGACGAUCUCGAAGGCAUUGGAAAAGGCUGGUGAAGGAUUCGUCGCGCUGCGUAAGAUUGAGGCCAGCAAGGCAAUUGUUUCCUCGCUGGCGAGCAACCCCAAUGUUACCUAUAUCCCGAGUGGAGGGGACGGGUCUAAUGUGCUGCUCAAUGUGCCCACCGGUAGAUAG